UAAAGCUCUUUGAACCAAGGACAACAGCAACAAGCCACGUAUGUGCUGAUGAGACAUGUUUCAUCUUCUUAGAAGCAAUUAGGUAAAGCCAAGUUGCAACCUCUGGAAGACAAAAUCCAUUAAAAAAUUCACUAAUGACUAAAGUUCUUUUUUAUUUUGAAGCAUAAUAAGCUCACCGAACUCUUAGGUAAUGCCCACACCUCGUCACAUGGCAAUCCCAACGCUAUAGUAGCGGACUAUUCUGUAUCUUGUCGCUUUCUGUGGAGGUUUUUUUUUUAUUAGUAUAAAUAAGAUGAGUUUUGGAGGUAUUUCUUCCUCCCCAAAGAGAAACAGAGGGAAAAAAUGGCAACUUUUUCAUCAAAAUCAAAUAAAAGAUCCAUCAGUUUGCCAAGCAGAUCACAUCCAGCUACCCAGAUAAUUGAAGAGGAGCUCAACAAGCUCAAAACAUGGGAAUUCUCUGCUUCACCAACUGCUGCAGAAGCUGUUUUCAGGGGUCUAAUUGGUUUGGGAGAGGUGCAUAAGUGCAUGAUUGAUCUUUUAAACUUGCCUCUGACACUUCAAUCCCUUUCUCAAUGCCAAAACAAGAAAUGGGUCGAUGAAAUCUUGGAUAAAUCUGUGAGAUUUCUUGAUAUUUGUGGCACAACAAGGGAUAUCGUAUCGCAAUUUAAGGAAAAUGUCAAAGAUGUUCAGUCUUCACUAAGGAGGAGAAAAGAAGAUUUGAGCAUCAACAACUACACCAUAUUCAGGAAGAAAAUGAAAAAAGAAGCCAAAAGUUUAAUUACAGCUUUGAAAAGAAUGGACCACGAGGAAGUAGUUGAUGUAAUGGAAGUUGAUGAUCAACUUGUCUCAGCUGUUAUCAGAGUCCUAAGGGAAGUUGCCACAAUGGGAAUUUCAGUUUUCCAAAUUUUGUUAAAUUAUUUGUCAGCCUCAAAUUCUAAGCCAAUUAGCAAAUGGUCUUUGGUUUCAAGAUUAGUAAACAAGGGUGGAGAUCAAGGCAAUGUGAAUGAAAUAGAAAGUGUUGAUGUUGCAUUAAGCAGCCUUUCCAAGUGUGGUCCUAAUGAAGUAGAGAAGAUUCAAUUUGUACUAAGCAAAUUGGAAAGAGUGGAAGCUCAUUUUGAAUGCAUUGAGAAUGGUCUUGACAACAUAUUUAGAUGUCUGAUCAGAUCAAGAAGCACACUACUAAAUGUUGUCUCUUGCCAAUGAAAAUAGUCUUGUAUAUCAUAAGCAUCCGAGUAAUUGUAGGACUUGUUUAUGAAAACCUUGUAAAGGAAAUUUUUUGUAAUUACACACAUACAGAAUCAUAGUUUUAUACUCACAAA